UUGUCUGGUCACGACAGACACCUCUUUUUCAUCUGGUGCCCGUCUAAGGGAGCGGAAACUCCGGCGACGAACCCCACAUAUGCAUGGCGAUUGAUCCUCGGGCUUCGACAAAGGCAAUCCUCUCGUGAAGCUCGAGCCCUUUCAGGGGGGCCGUCACCCACUCUCCCAGAUGCCCCCUCGCCGACCUACACGAUGGCCACCAUCGAGCCGCGGCUGAUGCACCUGCUCAACAACACGAACGCCUCCCCCGAGGACUCCUACUACCCGCCCCCAGACCUCCCGCCCAUACAGAGCUUCAGCAGCUUCGCCAAGACCAGCAGCAGCAACAACAACAAUGAGAAGCAGCCCGCCUCCAAGUCUGAAUACAACACGGGCCGCUACAAUCACGAUGGAGGAGGAGCAGGAGCAGGAGGAACAGGAGGAUCUGUAUCCGGACCGAGCCGGCAGAACCUUGGCGGUGCCAUUUCGCUGCGGAUGCUAUUCGACAACCCAGAAAUCAACGAGUCCUCGCACUCGCUUAAUCACAUUCUCGAUGAUGUGCCCGAACCCAUGUCCGCAUCGUCGACGACGGCGGACGAUCUCUCGACCAAGAAACGCCAGCGGGCCAUGACAGUCAAGGACGACAUCAUGCACCUGCCGCAACCUCUGAAGAAGCAAAAGUCGACGCAGAACAUCAGUCAGAAUAUCAUGCCUCCUAUAAUCAAUGGCCUCUACGAACCGCCGCCGAACGCGGCUGUCUUCCCCCCAAUCGCUCUUGACGACGGAAAUGAGGGUGUCGCACCCGCAAGCUUGCAUACGUUGAACCAGCUGAGUGGCAACAGUGCCAGUAUGCCGACCAACAGUGUGAAGAGAAAGGCGGCCAAGCCGAGGAAGAAGUGGUCAGAGGAAGAAACCAAGCACUUGUUACUUGGCGUGAGCAAGUACGGAGUUGGCAAAUGGACGAGCAUCUUGGACGACCCUGAAUACAGUUUCAACGGGCGGACAGCGGGUGACCUAAAAGAUCGAUUUCGCACAUGCUGCCCUGACGAGCUUCGGAUAGGGCCGAGCAAGACAGGACACUCCAGCAAAGAAGAACCAGUGCUGGCAAGGUCUUCAAGCCAGACUACAAUAGGACAGCAGGAGUCUGACUCGACAGCCAAACCGAAGAAGAGCAGGGCGCACCGCAAGAAGAUUGAGGAUCUCCAGGCGAUGGGUAUACACGGCCCGUUCAAGAAGUCCCACAGACGGGAGAGGCGUCCCUUUACGCAACAGGAUGACGACCAAAUCCUCGAGGGUCUUCAAAUGUACGGGCCCGCUUGGACCAAGAUUCAACGCGACCCCAGGUUUGACCUGUCCAGCCGCCAGCCGACCGAUUUGAGGGACAGGGUGCGCAACAAGUACCCUGAUAUGUACAAGCAGAUCGAGGAGAAGCAGGGACAUACUAAGGAGCCCAUCUCGGGUGGACCCGCUCUGCCCUCGCGUCCUGCACCGUCAUCCAGAAGCAACAAUGUCAUGGAGCCGACUGUGAACAACAUGAUUAACGAGAACUCGCUGAUGACGCUGGAGCCACACCUACGCCAGGCAGGGUCCAGGGAAGAGGUCACGAUGCCCAAGUGGGCAGGAUCGCUUCCACCUUCUGCAUCCGCAUCCACCGGGAUGACCGGAGGCAACGAGCAGUCCGCAUCCGGAGCCUUUGUUGGGAUGAUGGACAUUUCCAGGUUGCUUUUGGACGAAUGAACCUCGAGCUCGGGCAUCGCAUACAGAACCUGCCAUUUGUGUACAGCGUGUUUUCUUUUUAGUGCUUGGCAGGACGGGUAUUAUUUGAGUUCAUGGAGGAUUUUACGAGGGAAUAUGGGCGUUUUCCUGUUGUCUAUUCAGACAGGCUGUUGUUUCGAUACCUUGUUGUUUGGGGAUCCUGGAGCCUGCUAUGCACGGAGUAAUGGACGGAUGGUUUCGAGUUGGGAGGAUGAAAAACCUGUAAAAAGGCCUCCUCACCUUGAAUCGCCUUUCAAUUUAGAAUCUGGAGCAAUCUUGCUAGAAUUAAACAAAGCGAUUUGGUUUCUUUGCGC